AUGAGUACCAACUCUUCUGCCUCGAAGUCUUCUGCCUCGAAGGCACCACCUCCUGCGAUGGACAAAUUCGACUGGGUCGAAGAUGCCCGAGACAAAGAAGAUGGCACCGCCGUCCAUCUCAACGCUGAAGCCACCAAGGCCAAGAAAGUCGCUCCCAGUGCGCAAGAGACCGAGCCCAUUUCGAGUCCCUCCGAGGGCCCCAAGAUCUCUGCCCAGAAAACAAUCGCGUGGAAGGGCUUGAAGUCAUCUCGUCACUUCUUUCCGCCUGAGAAGAGCGGACGGACGCGGACCGAGUUGGCCUAUCGUCCCGCUCAGGCCGCUCCCGAGGGCCCUGAGGGUUUAUCUGGCCAGCCAACGAGACAUGGUGACCAGCCCCGACAACAGUCGGCUGUCCCUGCUGCUACCGCAGCCCUUGCUCCCGCCCGCCCUGCUCCUGCAGGCCAUGCUGUCCCUGCCCCGUGGCAGUCCAAGUCUGUGCCCUCCAGCAGAGACUUCAGUCAAGCUCCGUUGAGCUCAGGCCGCGGCAGAGGCAGUAACCUUGCGACGAAAAGCCAGUCUAAGGUUAAACCACAUCUUGACGAGCAAAAUCUACCCAGACAGCAAUGGCUGGCUGCCGCUGAGAUGAACGAUCUGGCGUCCAUGGAGGCACACCGCAAGGACAUCACCCAAGGGCUGGUGAAGUCGGCGUCCAGCAAGACUGGGAUAUCGACUAGAGCCGCCGUCCCGCCCCAGAAAGACGAUCCUCUGGUCAAAGUCCCGGCACUGGCCUCAGUCUCUGCCGCGGCACCUACGCAGGCAUUCGCCUCGGCCACCCCUACCACUGCCCCUGCUGCCCCUGUCCAGGCGCCAAAAUGGCGAGUGCUCACCGCAGAGGAGCAAAAGUCAAUCCAGGCCAGGAUCUCACCCGAGAAAAGCAUGCCCGCAUUCGAAAGAUGCGAGCAUCUCGCGGUGCCAUUCACGCACGCCGAGGGCAAAAUGUACAUGGGGCGCAGCAGAGUCGACAUGUAUGACGCUACAGUCUUGACACACGCGAGACUGAGGAUGAAGGCCUUGCAAGGCGACCCCAAGUACAACGCGCAGUCGGCCAUCUGCAUUCCCUUCGAUGGUGACAUGCAUUCAGAACAACUUUUGGAGGUCAUCACCAAGGUCUACGUGUUUGCGGCCACACUACGUCGCAGACUCGACGAUCGGACGGCUCCCCACCCGGAUGACUUUGCCAAGGAAAUGGCAGCCAUGUGGAGGCAAGAGUUUGAGUCGCGGAUCAAGAAGAGGAUGGAGUAG